AUGGUUGAAGCCGAACGUCCUUGGAAAAUUCAAAAGAGAGCCUGUGAAGACAGAAUCAGUUCGUUGCCCGACGAUUUGCUCAUACAGAUAUUAUUGCGUGUUCCGACUGAAGAUGCAGUGGCCACGACGUUUUUGUCAAAACGGUGGCGAUAUGUCUGGACGAUGUUGCCUAGACUUGUCUACAUAGAAUCAGAGCAAAGCAAGAGCGUUUGGUGGUUACUUGACCAGUCCAUACGAUUUUACCAAGCGCCUAUAUUAGAACGUUUGUGUAUUAUACUCGGUCCACUAUGUCCUGUUGAUGUUGAUGUUGUAAAUUGGCUUGCAAAAGCAGUUGAGUGCUGCGUACGUAACCUAGUGUUCGCGCUCCAUUGGAAAAGCGAGCCGAUCAGAAUGCCGAACACCCUUUACACAUGCAACACGCUUGCGAGUUUGACUCUCUCCAACAAAAUUCUUGUGGAUGCUCCUUCUCCGGUUUCUCUCCCAUCACUUACACAACUUGAGCUUAGACAUGUUGCGUACAAAGACGAAGAUUCUCAAGUUAGGCUUUUAUCAGGUUGCCCCGUUCUCAAGCAUCUUGUCGUGCUUCGACACGCUGAUGGGGAUGUGGAUGAUAAUGUGAGAAAGUUUAGUGUGAAAGUGCCUUCUUUAAAGAAACUACUCUAUUCGUUUAUUCAACUAAACAAUACUGAUUACUCUUUGGUUAUAGACAACCCGGCUUUAAUGUACUUACACAUCCGUGAUAGUUCGGAAGAAUCUUACUCCAUAUAG